CUCCAAAGGUUUCAGAAAUGGAGCCCCUCACAGCUAGUUGUGCUCUGAAAUACUCGGUGCCCAAAGCCAGGGUCUUUGUUGUCUUCCUGUCAAUGGCUUUGUGCACCACCAUUCUCUGCCUGCUGCAACUCAGGUUUUUUAAACCUAAAAUCAAAGAUUUUUAUUCUUUUGAAGUCAAGGAUUCACGAGGAAGGAUCAUUUCCUUGGAGAAGUACAGAGGGAAAGCAACUUUGGUUGUAAACGUGGCCAGUUACUGCCAAUACACAGACAAAAAUUACAUCGCACUGCAAGAGCUGCACAGAGAGUUUGGUCCCUCCCACUUCACUGUGCUGGCGUUUCCCUGCAACCAGUUCGGAGAAUCAGAGCCUAGUUCAAGCCAGGAAAUAGAAUCUUUUGCCAAAGGAAACUAUGGAGUAACAUUCCCUGUUUUCCACAAAAUCAAGAUCCUAGGAUCAGAAGCAGAUCCCGCCUUUAAAUUUCUAAUAGAUUCUUCAAAGAAAGAGCCUCGAUGGAAUUUCUGGAAGUACCUUGUCAGCCCUGAGGGUAAAGUUGUGAAAUUCUGGAGACCCGAAGAGCCAAUAGAAAGUAUCAAACCAGAAGUAACAUCAUUGAUCAGGCAGAUUAUCAUGAAGAAAAGAGAAGACCUCUGAAAAAGCCAUUCAGUGCCGUGGGUAUACAGCCUUUCUGCAUUCCUGGGGAAUGUUACUGUAGAAGCUAAACCAUCAGGUGAUUUUGCUACUCUUUAGCAUCCGUGUUUGCAAUUUGUCUGUUAAUCCUGGAUUGGCUCCUGCAGUGGCCUCAAGAACGACUGAGGUUACUGACAUGACAAGGCACUCGGUACCUUGCAGGGAGGGACCAUCAAUUUGCAUAAGGGGUUUAUGAUUUCUUUUUCUGAAUUGCUGACAACAGCUAAUUAAAAUUGUCACCAACAGGUAAAUAGCUAGAAAGGAGGAUUAUUAAUAAAUUACUCAGUAUUUACACAGGUUUUUUUUCCCCAUCUACCAGUAACAAAGAGAUUUUAUAUGCCAUUAACACAUAAUUGCCCUGUUAUGAAAGACAUGGGACCCAGAGACACCCAUAGCAGCGUUUCUAGACACAAAUGUAACUGAAGAUACCAGUUUUGCAAUAUCUUCUCAAGGAAGACUACUGAAUUGUGAAACUGCCAGUUGCAAAAAAUUGUAUAUAGAAAAUAAAAUUAUUAAAAGAAGCAAAAAAAAAUGAAAAUAAAUUUAGCUUGCUUGCUUGAUAUUUUGAUUAUUUUACAUUCAGCUUUACAAGACCUUUAAAGUGGUCAGCCUUUUCCAUACACUUCUGCUGCACUACAGUGCCUCGGAUGAGAGCUCCUCUCCUGCUGGAUUCCUUCCCUUCUGACCUGGAUGAAGACAGGGCCUGUGUAAAUACUCAUGGCUGCUUACAGAAGGAUUCAAGGGGCAACAAAAAUCAAGAGCCUGGCACUCUAAGGCGUCUUUCUGAGACAGUCCAAAACAGUCCUCCCCAGCCACCCAUCUACCUCUCACUUCUAGAAUAAAUUGGCAAUCUUCACGCAGAGGUAGAAGAAGGGAUGCAGGCUCCUGGCUCAAGCCUCACUCCUCUCACCUUGCAAUCUCCCCUCCCCAGUCCUGCAUGUCACAGCUAACCCAUUUCCACUUCUGUUCCACUCUUCUGUUACAAACUGCCAAGUGUUUCGAUUUAUAUGUUUGAAUGAAGGGAGAUAGUAAACUUGAGAAAGAAACCUCACUCCAGCUGUCCAUGUCUUGAAGGAGGGCUGAGAUAAUAAAAAGGAGAAAAACCUG